AUGACGGUGCUUCGCGCUUUCCUGCUGCUGCUCUGUGCGCUCGCCGCCGCCGCGCACCUGGCGGCUGCGGCGGAGUUCAACCCCGCUCUCGCCACUCUCGCCGCAAGCCCCGACGACAGCCUGCUCGCCACGGGCAAGGCGCUCGCAGAUGACGCAAGCGAGGACGCGGAUGUGCUUAUAACGAACCGCGCUCUUGCGGAGGAGGGCGACUUGGAGGCGUCGCGACAUGGGGCUGUUCGCGUGCUGGCCGCCGACGACCUGCUCUCCCUGCUGGCGGAGGGCGCUGCGGAUGCUGACGUGGCAGACACGCGGAGGAGCCUGAAGAAGAAGAAGAAGGGGGAAAAGGAUGUAGGCGCGGUGAAAUCACCUGGUGGGCCGGCACCUGAGGGGGUGGCCCCUGAGGGGGCGGCACCUGGUGGGGCGACACCUGAGGUGGCGGCACCUGGGGGACCGGCACCUGGUGGGGCGGCACCUGGUGGGGCGGCACCUGGUGGGACGGCACCUGGUGGGGCGGCACCUGGUGGGGCGCCUGGUCGCAGCAUGGCGGAGGUCGACCUGCUCUCCCCGCUGGCAGAGGGCGAUGCUGAUGCUGACGUGGCGGACGUGCGCAGGAGCCUGAAGAAGAACAAGUGCAAGAAGAACAAGAAAUGCAAGAAGUGCAAGAAGUGCAAGAAAUGCGAGACAUGCAAGAAGGGGGAAAAGGAUGUAGGCGCGGUGGAAUCACCUGGUGGGCCGGCACCUGGUGGGGCGGCACCUGGUGGGCCGGCACCUGGUGGGGUGGCACUUGGUGGGGCGGCACCUGGUGGGGCACCUGGUGGGACGGCACCUGGUGGGGCACCUGGUGGGACGGCACCUGGUGGGGCGGCACCUGCUGGGGCGCCUGGUCGCAGCAUGGCGGAGGUCGACCUGCUCUCCCCGCUGGCAGAGGGCGAUGCUGAUGCUGACGCUGCCUCUCCCCACGCCGCCGACAGCCCUAGAUUCUGCCGCGAGGGGAACGCGAGCGCUAGCAAUGGCGGCAGUAACGCCGCGGGGACCGCCACCGCCGGCGGAAGCUACGCGUUGCGCCGCUGGUUUGCGCCGAGGGAGAAGGACCGCACGCGCGCGGAGCGGGAGGACGCGCGGGUGGUGUUCCAGAAAGAAGGCGCGUCGGCUUGCUGGCUGCACGCGCGGAACGCGGCGUGCCCGCGUGGACCUCCACCGUACUCUGGUUCCUCUCGCACACGCCCCCUCUCCUUCACCCACCCCUCCGUCAUCCCCCUCCUCCGCCGCCCCUUCUCCCUCUCCUCCUGCUCGCUCUUACUCUCCUCGCUCACCUCCCUCGAACUCUCCUUUCGAGGCAAGACCCACGAGUAUAAAAUCAACAACUGGCGGCUCGGCGUACUCGCGCCAUGCACGAGCCUCCACUCCCUCACGCUCGAACGCGGCGCGUGGCGAUUCGACAAGUCCUGCAUCACGGCUCCCUGGUCCCGCUCCAUAACGACCCUCACUCUCCAAGCCAACGACGCCAGAGGCCCGAACCUUAAAGCCCUCGCGGAAUUCACUCCACAACUGCACGAGUUUACCUUUUACGAGCCGGAGAGUCUCGCAUACGGCGUGGGAUCCGGCCCCGUGUUCCUUAAACUGGAUUUCCCCCGCAUCCGCCGCCUAUGCUUCCGUUUCGUGCAUCACGAGCUCAAGCUCCGGCUCUCCCUGCCGCCCGCGUUCACGUCGUUCCACGCGUCGGCGGAAACCCUAAUUUUGAACUGCACUUCCGCCACCCCGUUGGUUCUCGACCAGCUGUUUCUGUUCGGAAAGAGGAGGCUGCAUAUCUCAUCGUUCGCCGUUGGAUCUGUCCGCGCGCUCUACCUGAACGGUCCGAUCAGGUUCUACCCGACAUGGCCGAACGCUUAUAUUCUUAAGAAGCGGCAGGGGUUCAUGGGAAUGUUCACCGAGAUGCCGCCGCCGCCUUUUCCCUGGGCCGACUGGCUGCGCGCACUAGCGCCGACAACGGAGGUGCUUAUAGCGAGGCACGAUAUCCAGCUCGACUCCUGCGGUGUGGCCUGGCCGCGCCUGCAGAGCCUCGCGAUCGUCGUGGAGUGCGAAUACGCGAGGGCGAAAGCGGCGCCCGGCGAAGUUACCCUAGAGGACGCGGUGCGGACAGACGCAAGCUACUCCGUGCGGGAGAAGCGGCGGGAGGAGUGUUGGGGCAGGAUGCGCGAGCGACGGCUGGAGGAGGACCGGCAGGACGAAGAACGCCUUUCCGGCAAGUACACGACGCGCUUCCACACUGGCCCCUUCGGCAACCAAGUGGCUUCGGGAUCAAAGAUCGACAACGACACAGAGUACGAUUACGAGCCGAACGAGGAUGAGCGGUGGGAAAGCAGCAGCUACGAAGAGUACGUGACAAAGUAUUCCCUAGAACCUCCGCUCGUCGAGGCUCCUGAUCUGAAAUUCGUGUUUUUUCCGACCAGCAAGCGCGCGGACGCGGAUCUGCUGGGUGCGCUGCAAGCGGCGUAUCCUAGCGUGGAAAUGUACUGUGCUGAGGGGAGCUCGUGGUAUUGGGGGAAGAACGGGGAGCGAGUGCAGGGAGGGGGGCCCGUGGAGCAUGUGCGGAAACCACGCGCGGCCAAGAAGAAGAGAUGUGGCGCGGCUGUAACGAGGAGUUACAAGGGCGGGGCGAAGACCGUGCGGGAUAAGGCGAACAGCGUGAAUCGGAGGUUGAUGGGCGAGGGGUACAGUCUUGAUGCGGAGGAGGCGUAUGUGUUGCGGAACAAGGACCGCUACAUGCGUUUUGAUAACUCCGAUGAUGACUCUAGCGAGGGGGAGGAGGAUUAUGGCGAGGAUGAGUGGUGGUAG